CUGUCAUUCUGCAAACGCUGGCCAGAACAGGCUUUCCUCUGAGAAGCACUGCUGUUCUUCUUUAGAAAAGCUGAAUCUAAAUGUUGCCUCUGGAGACAAGAAGCCUUCAGUAUGUUAAAUUACUUUCAUUAUGUAUUUUCAGAUGCUUAUUGAUUCCACAGUCGGAAGAGUGAGAGACUGCAGCAGCCUCUAAGCAGCUCUACAUGUUCCAUACAUUAGCAGGAGUGCUGAAACAAUGGCAUGGUCCAGGAACAUAUUUUCAUUAAGGUCAUUUUCUGAAGGGAUGUUUAUGACCCUCUUCCCUCAGUACUCUGCUAACAAGUGAAUGAAAUGAGUCAAUCAAAACUGGAAAUGCUUCGACUAUAUCAAGAACAUUGCCAAUCUUUAAGUAGAGGGCAUAAAGCAUCUAAUUCAGUUUCAAUAAGAAGAAUGCAAAUGAUUGAACACAUCUUUCCAGCAGUCUGAACCACAAGCUACAAGAUAUAAUGUGUAUUUCUAAAGACAUAAAAGAGUUAAAGCAAAAACAUGGAAUAAGUCUGUAGGACUGCUUGCAUGCAUAACAAAUCAGUGCUCUAAAGAGAAGACAUUGGAUAAUACUUUCACAAGAAGAAGAAUGCAAUGGUAUAUGCCUGAAAACAAAAUGGUGAGCAUUUUAAAAGGAUUUUCUACUUUAAAUAUCAAAAUUGUGGAAACAACUAAUUCAUGAAGAAACAAUGAAACAUGAAUUUUCAGAAGGAGAAUAUGCAUACUUCAUCAGCAAGCUAAAUGAAGCUAUAUCAGGUUUUCUGCACUACAAAUUAAGUUAUUCAUAUCAAUUGUCACGAUGACUAAUGGAUAUCUUUUCUCUGAAUAUCAUGAUCUGUUAUGUAUCCUUCUUAAUGAAAAUAAGCCAAAUUAAAUAGCAGAUGGUCUUUCUCAAAACCUCAUGAGCUGGAUUUUAUAAUGUAAAAAAAUUUAUGGAAUUGAGACAUUAUUCCAACUAAUGAACAAGAGUAACAUAGAAAUAAAUGUUCAGUUGCAACAAAGGAAUGUUUAAAUACAUAUCUAAAGCAAGAAAUCAGAUGUCUCAAUUUUUAUUUUCACUUAUCCUAGAAAAUAAAAAUACACAGCCACAUAGUCCUCAAAAGGGCAAUAUAAUUAAUGUCACUUAAAGAAGUUCUUGUUUUUAUUGGCAGUGGUUUUUAAAAGCAAAGAAAACACAAAUCCAUCAGUCAAUUAAACCUCAUUUUUAAACACAAAUCUUGCUGCUGAAGUGUUGGAACAAAAAUAAAUGAAAUAGGAAAUAGAACACUGCUACUUCACUGUUGCCAGGUGCAAAUGCAUGUCAAAAAUCUGUCAAUGACAUCAUGUAUCAAUUUUUGAAAAACUGCCAUAGUGAGCUGAAAGACCCCUGAGGCAACAGAAAACAGGAGAAAAAACAACUACUCCAAAAGAAUGUGUCUCUCCCCCAUUCUGGAAAUCAACAUGCAGUCUGAAUCUAACAUUACAGUCCGAGAUGACAUUGAUGACAUCAAUACCAAUAUGUACCCAUCAUCAUCAUAUCCAUUAAGCUUUCAAGUAUCUCUCACUGGAUUUCUCAUGUUAGAAAUUGUAUUGGGACUUGGCAGCAACCUCACAGUAUUGGUACUUUACUGCAUGAAAUCCAACUUAAUCAACUCUGUCAGUAACAUUAUUACAAUGAAUCUUCAUGUACUUGAUGUAAUUAUUUGUGUAGGAUGUAUUCCUCUAACUAUAGUUAUUCUUCUACUUUCAUUGGAGAGUAAUACUGCUCUCAUAUGUUGCUUCCAUGAGGCUUGUGUAUCCUUUGCAAGUGUCUCAACUGCAAUCAACGUUUUUGCAAUCACUUUGGACCGAUAUGAUAUCUCUGUAAAACCUGCAAACCGAAUUCUGACGAUGGGAAGAGCUGUCAUGUUAAUGACGUCCAUAUGGAUUGUCUCAUUUUUCUCUUUCCUAAUUCCCUUUAUUGAGGUCAAUUUUUUCAGUCUUCAAAGUGAAAACAGAUGGAAAAACAAGACACUUCUCUGUGUCAGUAGAAAUGAAUACCACACUGAACUGGGGAUGUAUUAUCAUCUGCUAGUACAGAUUCCAAUCUUCUUUUUCACUGUUAUAGUAAUGCUAAUUACCUACACCAAAAUACUUCAAGCCCUAAAUAUUCGAAUAGGCACAAGAUUUUCAACAGGUCAAAAGAAGAAAGCAAGAAAGAAAAAGACAAUUUCUCUGACCACACAGCAUGAGACUACUGACGUAUCCCAAAGCAGUGGUGGGAGAAAUGUAGUUUUUGGUGUAAGGACUUCUGUUUCUGUCAUAAUUGCUCUCCGGCGAGCUGUGAAGAGACACCGAGAAAGACGGGAGAGGCAAAAGAGAGUCUUCAGAAUGUCUCUGUUGAUUAUUUCAACAUUUCUUCUCUGCUGGACACCAAUUUCUGUUUUAAACACCACCAUUUUAUGUUUGGGCCCAAGUGACCUUCUGGUAAAAUUAAGAUUGUGUUUCCUAGUUAUGGCCUAUGGAACUACCAUAUUUCAUCCUCUCCUAUAUGCAUUUACUAGACAAAAAUUUCAAAAGGUACUGAAAAGUAAAAUGAAAAAACGAGUUGUUUCAAUUGUGGAAGCAGAUCCUAUGCCUAAUAAUGCUGUAAUACAUAAUUCUUGGAUAGAUCCUAAAAGGAAUAAAACAAUUACCUUUGAAGACAGUGAAGUAAGAGAGAAAUGUUUAGUACCACAGGUUGUUACAGACUAAGUAAAAACCAACUUUUCACCAAAUCCCCAUUCCCAAGAGUUUUUUUUAAUUGUAAGAAACAUAACUGCCAAAUAAGGGGGGAGGGGGGAUUUUUAAGUAUUGGUUAUACUGUAAAAUUUCAAUAUAAAUGUUAAAUAGAUUAGGUCUUAUAUAUUCAAUUUCUUCAUUAUUUAAUGUAUAUGUUGCAUGGCAGUUUGUUAAAGUAACAUCAUUGUGUAUAUUUUGUCAUUAUUUUGUCCACUAGAAAAAUAUUCAUGUAAGUCAUAUUUUUUAAAAAAUUAAAAUAAAUGAAUAGCCUUAAAGCAGUACAUACUUUUAAAAUUCAACUAAAACCUGUUUGCUUUACUUUUUAAAUUCAGUUUUCUAAGCCAUUUACUACACUAAACAAGUUAGUGUUUAACUUGAAUAGUUUUUAAUUUAAAACCUCAAGUAUAGGUUCAAAUUAAUUAGAAUUAAUUUAGUUUCUUAAGCCAAUCAUCUUUCAGCUCACAAUAGUCCAUAUUUACUGUACGUAAAAUAGCUAAAAACUAACCUUGUAUGUUUUUCCUUCUGUCCAUAAUCACAUAUAGGAAAAAAUAAUUUAGCAACUCCUUUUCUCAGUUUUCAAGAAUGAAAAACCUGAACAAGCAAAGGAUUAAAAAGAAAAUUGCAAACUCUGGUGUAUUAAUGAAACACCAUAUUAUAUAAUGAGAAAAAUCUAAAGCAAUGAUUUUUAUCUGAUGGAAGAGGCAAAAAGCCUGUAAUAUGUAGUUUUUACUAUAAUAAAAAAAAAUAAAUACCUUUAACUGUUACUAAAAAGUGAGGAGGGGAUUGGGCUACAAAAUUAUUGAAGUAAAUUUGAGAGGGAGGAAUUUAAAUGGAUUUGUUUGUGGAGAACAUAAGAUGCCACCAGCAAAUCCUACUUUUUCUAAUUUUUACAACCAAUUUCAAAGCUGCCUCCAAUAUUAAACGUGUUAUCUGUGACAGGACUACAGCCUCGCCAUACACAAAAUGCAAGUUUUAUUUGUACCCUGGUUAUUAUCAUUAUCAUCACAAAACACCCUUCACCAUUUCUCCUUCUGUAUCUCAUUCAGACCUGAAAUUUUAAAGAUUUUCUGGAUGCUGGAAGACUAGGAAAUUAUUGGCAAAAACAAACAAAUAAAUAAAUAAAUAAAUGUUCUGAGGCUUGCAAAUGAUCCAUGAUCAAGUCAUUCAGAAUAAGAAAUGGUUAUUCCAAUUCAGUAAACUAUGUCAAAUGAUUAUUUUAUUAUCACUAUGAAGUUUUUAUCUCCUGGGGAGAAAAGGUGCUUAAAAAAAAUAAAGCUAUCUUGAAUUAUUUUCCAUUUAUCUAUAUACUAUAAUAACAUAUCAAUGAAUGCUAAAAUUGCUGAUAAAACAAGUUUUAAGAGGCACUUUCUUCUCAUUGAUUCUUGAAAUGUCCUUAAAAUCUAAAGAAACUAAGUUCGGGGAAGUUCCUUAACUAAGAAAUGCUAGGAAUAGGUGUGGGGUGAUAUAGUCUGUCACAAAAGAUAGAUCUUCUAACAACAAAACAAGCUCACUUUUUACUAUGAUUUAUUAUCUUAACAUACAAACAUCAGGCUUAUUUAGCAUAACAAUUUUUUCAUUUUAUUUUUUAUACUUUCUUCUAAAUGACCUGAAUAAAAUACAAAUAGUGAACCAUUUAAAAAUAAUUUUUUCACUUAUGAUAUUCUAAGCAAAAACAUAUUGUCUUUCAAGUUAUCUCUCAUAUGAACAAAAUGGUUGUUAACUUUAGCUUGCUGAAUAUCCUAAUCCUAAAGGGAAAGUAGCAAAAUGCAACCAGAUCAAGGCCCUGGAGUGGGUCACAAGAGAAAUCAGAAAAUUAUUUUAUAUUAUUGCUAAUAUACCGAGGAGUCUUGGCAAAGCCAUAGCUUUUCUGUGCCUUAUUUCCUAAAUCAAUUUGAUAAGGAAGAAAGGGGAAACAAAUAAGAUACUAUAUUUUCACAGUAUAAAUAAGCAAGCAUUAUUCAAAAUAUAAUCCAUAUGGAAAGAGCUCUAAUAAUUACAAGCUGUCAUUGAGGUGAUUUAUUCAAGUAUUAUUACUCCUGUGAUACUGGCAAUAUAAUAAGGUCCCUGUGUCUGAAUUCCUUCCCCCACUGCAGAAAAUAGCCACUUAGUGGCGUGCUCAAGGUCACCAUGCUAAAAGGUGACUAUGGCAGAAUAUGAACCCUUGUCUUCCUGACAUCAUGUCUAGCACUUUAUCCACUAAAUCAUAUUGCCUCUACACUCUCAUUUUACGGAUAAGGAGAUUAAGGCUUAAAGAUAUUCAAUGUCACAAAAACUAAAAAUUAGGAAAGAAAGCCUCCUUUCUAUAUCAUGUUGCUUCUCUAAAUAGUUGGUCUUCAGAAAAAACCAAAAUCUCAAUAGCAAUAUUCUUUAUAGGAAGAGAUCAACGAAUUUUUCAAUUCCUCAUUUUAAAACAUUUUUACUUUGAUACUUAGUAUCUCUUAAUAUUCCCUUUUCAAUAAUAGCUUAUUUUGAGUAAGGCUUAAACUUUGACAAGAUCCUGCUUUGACAGCAAGACCUGUAGUUAACUUUGUUUUCAAAUAGAUAUAAAUUAGUCCAAUUAUUCUUAGAAUUCAAUAGAAAAACACCCACAAUAGAGUGUUAAAAUAUUUUAGUGUUCAGUUCCAAUACUUCACAUAGCCCAGUUUAAAAAUCAUUAUAUGACAGAGUCUAAUUGCUUCUGGUAUCCUUUACAACAUUUUCUGAGGUAGUAAAGUAUAAAAUACAAAUAUUGUAAUUUUGCUACAAAUCAUUACUUGUUGCCUACAUUUAGCAUUUUAUAUAGUCAAAGAAGUGGCCAUUAGAAAGCAUAUUUGCCAGCCUGGGUAGUAGCUCUAGCAGUAAUACUAGAGUUUUUGUCUUUCAUGCAUAUAACCAUUUGAUCACUUAUGAUUUUAGAGAGAAAAAAUAAUGUAUUUACCUGAUAGUCUCUAACUGCCUUUUAAUUUGUUAAAUAGUGUGUAAUGAGUACAUGAAGAUAGUACUUAAACAGAUUUAAAAUGCUGCUUUAAGAAAAAGCACAUAAUUUAUUUACAUUACAGGAUUCAGUUUAUAGGAAGUCAGGAAGCCUGAAUAGCUUUUAUUUCUAAUUAAAUAUUUGUUUUGUGGCAAACCAUAAUUUUCAUUUUUCCUCCUUUAUUAUACUUUUAAUCUAGUUUUUAAAAAAUAUGAUGAGCGAUUUUUAUUUCCAAGAAUGAAUCCAUAAAAGGAAUAACUGUUGAAUUAUUUUGUUUUAUAAAAAUAAAAAUAAUAAUGUAAAGUAACCAAAUUAUUUGGUAUGUGUUACUUAAAGCCUUUUGCAGUUUUCUUUUUAAAAAUCAUAAUCCAGAGAAUUAAAAAAACUAACAUUAGACCCUAGAACACAGAUAUAGAGUUCCUUCAAAAGAGGAAUACCAGGUAUGUCGAUUGAGAUCCUAAAAGGAGUUGCUGUAUGAAAAGUAUGGAGUUUUUGUCCUUUUUUGUUUCUUUUAAGCUAAGGAGAGUAUUGUACCAAAAAAUAUCUGCUGUACAGAUGUUCACUUAUUUUCAAAAGUAAAUUACUCAUAAUUAUCUUUUUAAUGAAAUUUGUGUUAUUCAUAAUACAGUUCUCUAUCUUUUAA